GUGCACUUUGAUUUUGCCAGAAUGGCAAGCUUAUGUGAACAUUCAGGCCAGUUUAUCGCUACAUAUGUGUUUCUUUUUUGUGAUGGGAAAUAGGGUGUUGAGGGGGGGGGGAAGUUGGAGAAGGGGGAGGGGAUUAUUUAGGAGGGAGGCGUAACAGAAAGUAUACUGUAUUCAUAAUUAUUGACACCGUAAUACAUGCCGAGCAUCCUUGAUAUGGUCACAGAAUAGAGACAAACAGAAGAUCGGCUUCUUGGUUUUUACUAUAUUUUGGGCGUAACCGUAAUUCGUCAUCAAAAUGCUGAUGCCAUGGACCUAGCCAGUGUGCCUAUGAGAGGCAUUCACCCCCUGAUAAUAUUCAAAAUGGCGGGCAUCCAGGGGGGAAUGCCUCUCAUAAGCACAUCAGCAUUUUGAUGACGAAUCAUGGCAUGGCAGCGGUUACACUUGUUAGCCGAGUCGACUUUCUGUGUGUCUUUAUUCUGUGACAUGGUUGUGGCUGCUAUUAUCGUUUAUUUUUCAAUAUGAUUAUUACAUGCAUAUUUUAAACCAGAAUCUAGUCGUACCACUUACACUACAAAUUGCCAUCAAUACUAUGUGCAUAUUACUCGUAUGUCAAAGUUACCUGUGUCCAAAUUCUGGUUCGUUUUCUUAUCGUCUUCUCGCGGUAUAUCUAACACUUUAUCAAUGGACUUCUGUGCCUGACUCAACAAGCCACUGAAUGAACUAGAAUCAAGCCAAUUCAUUUUAAAAUUUACAGUUUUUUAAACCUUUAAAAAUACCCACUACCACAUUAUAUGAUUUAGCAUUCUCUAUGUUUCAAAAUUAAGUUAAUUCCAAUGAAAUCUGUCAAAUUUUACCCAUAUUUACAAACACGAAUAUUUUUGUUUAGAAAACCAUCUAUGUGGCAUUAGCUUAAAAACCAUCCUUCAAAAUGAAGUGAAUAUCAUCGGGACGUCCUCGGAAACCGAAUUAAAAACACUCAAUAUUCAAUCAAUUUUCAUAUCGAUUGUUUUUGCUUUUCUGUACGUUUUGAAGACCAAAUUAGAAAUACUCUGACUAUCAACUUCUUUUUUUUCAUUUUAUCGAUACAAAUAAAGUUUAAGUUCAGAAUAUAUUGCAUUUUUUUGGAAGUAAGCGUGAUUUGAAUUCGUAGCUAAAAAUUGAAAAAUAUCUCGAAGUGUUUCCGAAUGUCCUCUCGUCUUGUGAAGGAUCUUUUUUUUAGGCCUGAUCCCACUCGUCCCAGUCUACAGUUGGAUAUUUUCCAACGCGGUUUAGUAAUUUUGCAUUAUUUACUUUUCAGUCGGUGUUCAGAGAUCGGUGUUCAAACGAAUUGUUGUGAUGACUGAAAAGAAUGCCUACUUUACAACAUAUUUAUUCAAAUUAAUGCAAAUGCUGCUUGAUUAAACACUGUACAUAUAACACGUUUCCUGUUAUAAAGCUCAAUCAACGGAGGUGUUAUUAUAAUAUUAUUGAACGGCAUAUGAUGGCUUGUAAAAUAGGGCUACUAUUUCUCGUGAUAGCGCUGUCGUUUGGUGUAUAUUCGACAACUUCAUCUGAGUAUGACUAUUGCGUGGUCGGUGCUGGACCAGGAGGUAUAAAAGUAUCGAAAUUUUAUCUCAUAUUUAUCAAAAUUUUGACAAUUCAAGAGUGUUCUUCUUAUAGGUUUACAGAUUGCAUAUUAUCUGCAAAAGGCAAAUCGGAAUUAUAUUGUAUUCGAGCGAGGUAGUUCAGCCGGUAAGUGUCCACUAUUAUUCAAAUGGAGAACAUUAAAAUGCAGCAUUUUAGUAUCGUCAAUAAUAUUGUUCUAAUUGCUGGUAUAUUUUAUAGGCACAUUUUAUAAGAAAUAUCCACGACAUCGCAAGUUGAUUUCGAUAAAUAAGAGAUUUACGGGUAUGGAAGCAAGUAAAAAUAUAAAAUCCUCGUGUUUAAUAUGACUUCCUGAUAGUGGAACACUGGAACUCAAUAGUUAUUGAAUACUUUGUUCUAAUAAUCGUUUCGCCCUAAGAUUUCUGUCAAUUGUUUUAAAUUCCGAAGUCAAAAUUGAUAAAGUGUCAGGCACCAAUUCUUAUCUCAGCCACUCUAAAACGUUUGUACGUCAAAUGCAAAUUUACACACUUUUCAUACAGUGUUGUAGACAAACUGUACUAGCUGAUUUCCCCAUUUAUACUGCAUGGGCUCAGACAAUGACGUGUCCAUUUUGCCAAGACAAAACUCAAGCAUCCUAUACAAGUUUAGCUCAAACACACAAAGUUUAGCUCGUACACCAAAACCCUGCUGACAAAAGACAAACACGGCUCGUGUUUUAUUAUUUGUUUAUGGGAAGUUUAAGUGUGUUCGCUGUCGUCAAAUGGAACAUCUCGAUGUCUGAUUAUUAAUUUAAAGCCUAAGGAUUUACAGUAAACAACUAAUUAUUUUCACCAAUAUCGGCCUAGAUAAAUCCUAAAAUACGUUUAAAGUGGAAAAAUUAAUAUCUAUAUUGUUUUUGUAUCAAAGCAAGGAAGUUUUAUAAAUUCGCAUAUAUAAGAACGCGGAUAUUAUUUUGCCUGUUUUAAUAAGCCGCUUUUGUACUUAAUUCCUACUAAUUUCGCACAUUUGGGCUAUUUUAAUUCGCAGUCUUAUAAAUCGUAUCGUAUUUAGUAUCAAAACAUAGAUUAUUGUUUUAUUGUCAUCCUGUAUUAAAGUCCUCGUGCGUUCGUUCCGUGUAAUAAACAAUCCUGUAUAUUGAUGUAAAUUUCGAAUAAAAAACGAGAAUCUUCGAUUAAAACCUCCGCAGUUGCAUAUUCUUUUAUAAUAACCAGCCUUCUGAAUAUUAGAAUAAAGUUUAUAGGCUUAUUAUAAUACGUUUAUGUGAAUCAAUGCAGUGCUAUAUACGUGAUUAACCUGGCGACUUCCCUUUCAGCAAUAAUCUGUGACCUCCUUUUUUUUAGGGAAAACAAACAAGGAAUUUAAUCUGAGGCACGAUUGGAACUCGUUGAUAAGCGAUGACGAGACGCUGCGGAUGACUCGAUAUUCAAAGGAGUUCUUUCCUCAAGCAGAUGUUUUGGUUUGUUUUGCAAUUUAUAACUGUGUUUUAAUUCUUUCUCGCAGUAGGGGCUUCGUUGGCGUCUGAAACUUUCCGACAGUCUUUGUGUUCUAAAGUGUUCCGGAGAACGAUUUUUUGCUACUUCAUUUGUAUAAUUGCGACACGUAUAUCGAAUAUUUUACUGUAAUUAGAUAAAAACUAGCUUUUGUUUAUAUUGGCUAGCUCUAACAAUAUCAGUUCCAAACUAUUCUUCCUAGAGGUCCAAAACAAGGGGAAAGGCAGCGGAACUAGCACUCUGCUGUCGACUCUGCUCGCAUGGGCAUGCGCGGACGAAGAUUAAAAUAAUAAAAUCAUGCUCAAAAAAUGCAGUGUAAACACAUAGAUAUCAGAUAACAUAAUUCUUUAGGCUUUGUUCACCCAUGGCUAUGGUUCACCGAUCUUCUCAGUUCUGGUGCAGAACUAAUAUCAGAGUAAUAACCAUCGGUUGUCUUGCCAAGUCGCCAGUUGUCAAACUCAUUAUAGGCAAUAUUUUUUAAAGCCAAACGCAAACCUGUUUCGCAGAAUGCGAAAAAGUUGAAAUGAAGCGAAAUAUGACAUUGGCAUUCUCAGAAAAAACGUUCAACCUAGGACUCUUCUAUAUUGAUGAAGAAACGAUCUUCGAAUUUUUCUCUGCCAAGUCGUAAAAAUUCGCCUCCAAGUUACAAAUCGCGAACAUACCUUGCGCACUUGAAUUUUGUUUUUGAAGCUAGACUUUGCCUAAAGCUAUAUGUUGUUUUUUUAUCAUUUUUUCAAUGUUUUCGCACCGCACAUCUCUAGUAGAUAUUUUCAAAACCAGGGCUUUAUACCCGAGGAUACUAGAUUUAUCUACGUUAAUAUACUUACUGUAUAGUCUCCAUAUUUUGAGCGGAAUAAAGUAAAUCCGUUCCGGUACUCAAAAUAAUUGGAAUGCCUACAAAAAUUCAGGCAUAAUGCCUAACUUGUAUUCUGAUAAGUUUCUGUAGAAAAAAAACACUCUUUGGAGUUGGUUAUUAUUAGGGAAUGAAAUCUAGUUGACAAUAAAAACCAUUCAAUAUUUAUUGUUCUAUUUUUCGUUGUUCUUUGCAUGCUUAUAAUCUUUUCUUUGUUUAGAGCGUUUACAAAAGUCAAAAUUGCAUCAACAGCUUAAUUAGGCCAGCCAACGUACGCGCUUGUUCUUAAUAGUAGAAAAUUAAACAAGCGCAAUUUGUUUGCGCGUGGAAUAUGUUAGUUUGGACUUUAUUUGAACAGGUGAAAAAGCUUAAUAAUAAGUUCGAGCAUAAAAAUAGAAAUUGUUCUCUUUGUCUUAAUUAAAACAGAUUAAAAUGAGAUACACUGUGUUGCCUGACUACCAUAUAAUCGCGAUAAAACGUUCAUGCAUUAUAACUGUACUAAAUUCACUCAAUUUUGUUGAACCACUUCUGAGAUAUCCAAGCCCGUAGCUGGCCCUCAAUUUCUGGGGGGGCACUGCAGAAAAAAUGUAACAGAGGGUUUGAGAUAAGAAAUUUUUUUUCCGGAAUUUAUUGUGGCAACCUCCCCCCCCCCCGUCGCCAAAAAAAUUUCGGUCAGUGUACCAUUUUAGGGGUCAAAAAAUUUGUUCCGGAGCAAAUUUUUCCGAAACCUAACAAAAAUUUUCCUAACAUCACAAAAUUAACCACAAAAUUUACAGAAUUUGUCCCAUGAUUGCAAUUGGUUUCCAGGCCCUUUAUCUCAAUUUUUCAUACCAAAUUUCGGAGUGGGGGGGGGGGGGCACUGGGGGGCACUGCCCCACCAAGUGAGGGGGCAAUGCCCCCCAGGCCACCCCUCAGCUACGGGCCUGGAGAUAUCAGGCCUUCUUUUGGUUGCCAUAUCAGCAACAACCCAUGGGGGCUUCGGUGACGCAGGCAUCAGAACAAGCGCCUUUCACCUCUAAGAUCGUGGGUUCGAUUCUCGCUACGGACUCAUGUGAAGAGUGAGUCAACGCUCUGCCGAAAGUCGUGGGUUUUCUCCGGGUACUCUGGUUUCCUCCCACAGGGAAAGUUGACAGGGUGGGUUAGGAUAAACACAGUUAAGAAAGUAAUAUCACAAUUGUUGUAAAGAUUAAUAGUGUAAAGCACAUUUGAUCGAAUUCACAGUCCACCACAGACGUUCUGUUUCUAUGACUAUGAUAUUAAUCCUAUGUAGCGAAAGAAUGAAAAAUUCAUGCCAGUUAAAAAAAUAUUUCUGUUUUUCAUCACUUUUUAAAAAAAAAAUGAGGCGAGUGUUUUUUUAUUUUUUAGUAGCAUAUGUACCCUAUUUGCUUUUAAAAAACAGGUUAACGUUUCCAUGUCAUAGACUUUGUUUGUGCAAAAAAUAGCCACCAAGACCUAUAUAGCGCGUUGGUAGUUGAAAAAUCACGGUCAAAGUUUGCCCGAGAAGUUACGAGGCCAUACUGUACUGUCCUAGCACAAUCUUGCAACAAAAACAUGCGUAGUUAGCGAUUAUUAAAAAAAUAGAUUUCCGGGCGGCGAAUUUUUUACGAACCGACUUAUUAUAACUCUUAUUUUGCUAAUUGGCCUGACAUAUUUGAAGGAUAACUUCCAGAUUUAUUUACCUUGAGCCUUUACCUUGACUAUAACCUUAGCAUUUCUCUUUUCAAUGCGAUCAUAAUAAAAUACUCUGAAAUUUCUUUGUACUUUAAAAUAUUUGCAUAUAUAUAAUAGAGGUGUGCGUCGGAUCGGAUUGACCUCUCUCAAUCCGAUGGUUUGUCUAAGUUCUCAAUCCGAAUCCGAUCCGAUCCGAAGAUGAAAAAAGUAAUCCGAUCCGAUCCGAAACAAUGUUUAUAAAAUCCGGUCCGAUGCUAAAAUUCGUAAUCCGAUCCGAUUCGAACUUAAGUUGUGUACGCUGUACAGCGUGCGUUAAUUAUUAUGAACGUAUUUUUUCAUGAUCAUAAACGAUAUAUUGGAAAUAAUGAAUUUCUAGCAAAAAUAAGCAGAUACGAAUCCGAUAAAAAUUGCAGGGCGAUAUCACAUAAUUAUGCCUUAUAGCGUUCACAUUUACAGUACACAGUAACAGCAGUUUAUAUUUUAUUAGAAUUAGCAUAGAAAAAAAAACCAACUAGUCAAAAAUGUUUUAUUCAGUAUAAUAAAUCAUGGGCUUGAGAUAGGUUUACAUUUUAAAACAUCUUAAAGUUUAUUACUAAUAAACCUCAUUGUCAGGCUUCAUGAUACAUAAACCUAACAAACCAAACAAAAAAACACAACAUUCCUAAAUUUCCUAUAUAUCCAAUCCCGUACGUAACUGAGAAAUAUACGUCCAAAAUCCAAAUAACUCAAAAUUCUUUUUAGAAAUAUAUGUCACAAGAACUCAAAACACUUUUAUACCAGGUGUUCAAAAAAAAAAACUGGACACUGUUUGAUUUCAUACAACGUAAAAUCAUACGUAAAAUCAUACGCAUUUUCAUAAUUUACAAUUUCUCAAUUUGUAAAAAUAUUCGAAUAAUUCGACGUGAUACAAGAAAAAUCAAAUCCGAACCGAUCCGACAAAAAACCUGCAAAAUCCGAUCCGAUCCGACAGAAACAAAACGAAAUCCGAUCCGAUCCAAUCCGAGUAAUUUACUGUCCGAAUCCGAUCCGAAUCCGAUCGGAUCGGAUUGGAUUCGGAUCGGAUUCGGAUCGGAUUCGCACACCUCUAAUAUAUAACCAACCAACUACAGAUUUGUAAUAAUAUUUGCUUACGUAUUUUCCCCUAGGUUCAAUACUUAAAUGACUUCGCCACCAAACUCAACCUGAGUACAUCGUACAACACAAAUAUUCUAAAUGUGUCAAAGGACGCAUUUAAUGAUGUUUUCAUCCUCAAAGAUCAGAACUCUAAAACGUACAAAUGUGCUGAUUUGAUUAUGAGGUGAGAUGGGUUUAUGCCACAGAAUAAAGAUCAGUAACAGAAGGGCCACUCAGCGGUGGGUGCAACGUGACCUCGUUUUUUUAUGCAAAAAUAUGCAGUUUAGUGGCCAGAGCCCAGAAGGCGGAGCAGCCAGCCAGUACAGCGUGUUUAUUGGCCAGAAAAUGUCAUUGACUGACUAGGAAAAUGGCGGCCAACAUGCGUAAUGCGACAUGCGCAAGGACAGAAACUUCAAAGCUUCCGGCGUAUUAAAGUGGCCCUUCUGUAGGGAUCUUUAUUCUAUGGUUUAUGCUUUACAUCAAAACCAGGUUAUUCAAUGAAGAAGGUUGCAUGUCCUUUCAUAUUGCAAAACCUCUGCCUCUAUGCGCGAAAAGCACAAUAGACGUGCAUUUGUAUGUAGAUUGGAGGCAUGGACGCUUUGCAAAAUGCUACGAACAGAUAGACCACUUUCAUUAAAACAGCCUUCUGCUUUAAUGAAAGUGGUCUAUCUGUUCGUAGCAUUUUGCAUUUAAAUGUUUUCAUAUGCAACAUAAGUUUCUGUGAUCACAAUUUGAAUUUUUGAAGGAUUUGUAAGAAGGUUUUGAGGGAACUGACUCAUUGUUUAACACUGAAUUAGUUUCCUCAAACAUUUCUUACGAAUCCUUCAAAACAUAAAAUUUACCCAUGCAAAAUUCCUACUGUGAUCACAGAAACUUUGACAGUGUAAACCACUAGGCUUUAACAGGCCUUCUUCGCCGCGUUCAGGUUUAAAAAUUGUAUGUCCUGCACAGAAUAUUCAGGUUAAUUAAACAGAAAGCGUAGUUAAACAGAAAAUGAGCAUCAAUGUCUGUAUGUUUUUGUUCAUGUUGUUUGUUAUAUGUUUAUGUACUAUGUUUUAGCACGGGAAUGUCGACAGAAGUAAUGCCUACGUUCAAAGGAGCUGAAUUUGUCGAGGUGCUUUUUAUUUAAAUUAUGAUAUGAUUGACAUUGAAUCACAGUUUCGUAUACAGCCAUUUCAAUUUAGGUUGUCCCCGAGCAAAGCGGAAAAGCCGAAUACGAGCGCGAAAGACUGCUGGGAAUCCCUAAAAAAUCCGCUUUCCUGAGGGACAACCUUAAUUGAAAUAGCUGUAUACGAACCAUUGCAUACCUUGGAUAGUUAUUUUACUUCAACGUCGGGGAAUGUUUUCUCUAUUUCAGACAUACGGAAGUAUGUCUUUGGACCAAGAGGACUAUGAGGGGCAGAGCGUUCUUAUUCUUGGAAGAGGUACAGUUUUGCUCGUCCUGCACCCGUGUUGUACACAACUAUCCUUUGGUGAUGGUAGUGGUGGAUGAUGGUGAUGAUGAUGAUGGUGGUUAUGAAACAGAUGGUGGUGAUUAUGAUGAUGGUUGUGGUGAUGAUGGUUAUGAUGAUGGUGAUUGUGGUUGUGAUGAUGAUAGUGAUGAUGGUGAUUAUGAUGAUGGUACCGGUGGCGGUGAUUGUGAUAAUGAUGGUGGCGAUUAUAAUAAUGAUGGUGAUAGUGGUGAUGGUGGUGAUAUUGUUGAUACUAUUCUCGUUGUUUAAAUAAAAUUAUUUUUCACAGGUAACUCGGCUUUCGAAACAGCUGAUCACAUUAUCACAUCAACAAAUCUUAUUCACUUGGUUGGAAGAUCACGAGUACGGUUGGCAUGGGCAACGCAUUACGUUGGUGAUUUGAGGUAAACUACAGCACAUUCUAUAUAUCUCUCAUUAUCAUGUGUGGUUCCUAAUUUCAUUAUUAUCUUUAACCUACAGAGCAAUAAACAAUGGUCUUUUGGACACUUAUCAACUCAAAUCUUUAGAUGGCUUACUGGGUAAGAAAGAGACGCUCGGAAUUUGUUAGUGCCUCUCAACUUACUUAUAGUUUCCAAAUAUUUUCUACAGAGGCAUCGAUCAACACACAAAUGACUCUCGUCAAACACGAUGAUAAAUAUUAUGUUGAUGUUUAUGGAGGAACUGGCCGAAUGAUAAACAAUACUGGAGUAGGGCGUGAGUUAAUGUUGAUACAUGAUUGUAGGUUUUAUUGUUGUGGAGGGAGACGAUGCUUGAAAACCUCCACAUGGUUUUGAUCUGUAGCUCCAUAAUUUUAAAGCACAUAUUUUGACAUUUGAUUUUGGAGCUAGGCCCUUAGACUAUGGAGGUUGCUGGUUGCCCCAUGGUUUCCAACCAUAUGUUAAUUACACUAAAAAUUUAGAAAGUGCAUGCAGUAUCAGGGCUGCAAAUAUAUAUUUGACUUGACAGGACAUUUGUCCCAUCACUUUUAAUUUUGGUCGGACAUAACCUGAAUUUGGUCGGACAAAAACCAACAUCACUAAAUUUGGUCGGACAUAUAUAUGUGACAAAAUAUAUAUAAGUCACGAGACAAGUAUGUAUGCCAUUCUGGCGCAACGUUAAUUAAGUAAAAUUAAAUGCUAGAACGCCUCGUAAAUUUUAUUGCAAAAUGCAAAUUGAGUGAAUUUGCAAUCGGAUUUUGUCACAGCAAAAAUAUGUAUAAUGUGACAAUUUAUUUUGUGAUCGGACCAAUGUCCGAUCAAAAUCACUUUUGCUGGGACAUUUGCCAAAUUUAGUCGGACAUUGUCCGAUGUCCGACAGUAAUUUGCAGCCCUGAGUAUACACACACACACACACAUGCAAUGUACUUCACUCACCGCGCAUUUUUGGCACUGAGUUAUCAUUUGUGAAAACUAACUUAAAGAUGAUAUUUUAUUUUAGCUGAUAACUUUGCCAUCCGUGAUCCAUACGAUAGAAUUCUUUCAUGUCUGGGUUUUAAGGUUGGUUCAAGUUGGUCCAUUGCUACUACGAGAGAAAACCCGCUAUUAGUUCAAUUUAAUGUCAUCUAUUAUCUAGUUUGAUUUCUCGAUCUUUGAGGAAAGUGCCCAGCCAGGACCUUGUGAAGGAAAGAAAAAAAAAUUCCCUUCAAUUAAAGGCAAUUUUGAGAGCACGCGAGUUCCGCGAAUGUGGUUUGGUGAGUUGGUUAUAGAACAAUAUAUUUUUAGACUAGUGCAAAGUUUGCAACUACUGUAACUAGAGCAAAAAUUCAAACGAGUAACUCAUAUAGAUAGAUAGUGUACACAAUCCGGGGGGAGCUUGCAACUGAUGUUCUUUUUGUAUAUUUUAGCCCUGUUAUCGUUAACUUUAUUUACUCCUUUGUAUUUUGAUGUAGCUGGUGUCGUAUCGCAUUCUCUGGAUUGGCGUAAGUCAGCUGGCGGAUUUAUUCAUGGUUAUAGAUACACAGGUAUGUAUUUAUACUGGAUAGCUCUAGCAGUUCUAAACUGUUCUCUUUAGAGGUCCAGUAAGGACUGUCUCUUAUAUUGGUAAUUAUCGCAACAGGACGACACCGGAGUAACUCGUCUUGGUAGAGUCAAAGUGAAAGCACUCUUCUCCAUAAAUAUCUUUACAUACACUAGAUAGCGCAUCUCUUUUAGUAAAAUUGAAGCCAAGAAUAUUCCAGCGGUUACCCCCAUUUGAAUAGAUGGCGGCCAUGUUGGAGUUUCCCAAAAACAACAAUAACUUUCAUCAUUUGAAUAGUUUGAAAAUGUGUUUGGAAUAGGUUUAACUUAAUGUUUAAGUUCCCUGUUUAAGAAAUAGAAAACAUGCGAGUCUUCUCAUUUCAUGGGAAUAUCCUGAGUUUGCAAUCGCGGCUUCAAUUUUUGAAUUGCAGAAUAAUUAGAUGCACUAUCUAGUAUAUAUAAGAUAUCUAUGCUCUUCUCUCAUACAGCUGAGAUGAAAUUAUAAUCAGAUAGUUGCAUACUGCAGGCAUAGAAUGGCAUCCAUGAUCACAAAGAUGAAAUGCAUAUUUCAAUAUCUACUUACAAUGUUUUUUGUUUAGCCAGAGCACUACAUCGCAUUUUGGAGUGGAAAAAUCAUGGGGUGAAGUGGUUCCAUCACGAAAUACGUACUCUUGAUGUUUUGAACAUGAUUGUGAAGAGAAUUAACGAAGCCUCGGUUAGUUUUGGCAAAAUCUCUCGAAUAUUUAUCUGUUCUUAUGUGGUUCAGCCUGAAUUAUACCCGGGCGCUAUAUAGAGAUCUGCGACAGUUAUAGAAGAGUAUGUGUUUGUUAUUCAUGAUUUUGUUUAAUCUGUUCAGGCUCCGUAUCAAAUGUUUGGUGUUGUCGUCGAUGUUGUUAUUUAUCGUAAGUAGAACUGUGCUCAUUUCUAUUUCAUUUGUUAUUUCUGGACAUGGUUGAUAAUUACAUCAUAUUUUUUAUUUUUUAGAGCCAGGUGGAAAAGCUUUUUAUGUCGAAGAAUUCCCUCUUCAGUUAGUUCCUCAACUCCAACGUAAGUCAGGAUUCAGUACGCUAGAGAGUAUUUAAACAUGCCGUUGUUACUCUAACUGUUGUUGUUGAUGUUGAUGAUGUUGGUGAUGUUGUUGUUGGUGGUGUUGGUGGUGUUUGUUACUGUUACUGUUGUUGUUGAUGUUACUGUUGUUGUUGAUGUUGGUGAUGUUGUUGUUGGUGGUGUGUUGGUGUUUGUUGCAGUUGACGUUGUUGUUGUUGUUGUUGUUGUUCCGUUGUGUUCCGUUGUGUUGUGUUGUUUUGCUGUUGGUGUUGGUGUUUGUGUUGUUGGUGUUUGUGUUGUUGUUGGUGGUGUUGUUGUUGUCAUCGUUGUUGUUAUUGUCGUUAGGUUAUGAUGUGUUGUAUUGUGGUAUUGUUGUUCAUGGAUAUUAUUUAUAUUUUAAAUUUUUACUAUAUUUUUAUUUCAAGGUUAUACUGGAUUGCCUGAAGGACCAAUUCUCGUUAUUAACCUUGAAUAUGGCAAAGGCUUCUCCGGUGCCGGGUAAAUAUGUGUUGUUUUGUAACCUCCGCGAGAUUUGUCCGCAUGUGCAUCUUAACAACUAGAAAACAACCAGAACUAAAUUUGUUUUUUUCACCUCGUAUAGAAAGGAUCCGUUCCGUGAGGACCGAGCCACAGGUGACCCAGCUGACGCUCAUAAUUCAAACUUUCUCCAUCCGGUCAUAUAUUUUUUCCGCACUCCACCAACAGAGUUAAUUGGCGGCUCAAAACUUCCUAAACCAGAUCGCAUUCAUCAUAUUGUGGAAGACUUUUUAACUAACUGGUGAGUUUUGACAGUACCAUAAACCAACAAGGAAUUUACUGUAGGAAACUGUAAUUUAUUACCAUUUUACCUCCGACGCAUCUGCGAAUAGUUCUUUCAAUUUGUCUCCAAGUAUUCCGGUUUCCUUCUGUGGUAACACCAGACGAAAAAGGAAUAGCCCUUUACUGGACUUCUAGGGAGAACAAUGUAGAACUGAUGGAGCUAUCCAGUAUAAAUAAAGUUUAGUGUAUGUUUCCUCCUGUAGUAACACUGGAUCAAUAAGAGAUGAUCCUUACUGCACUUCUAGGGAGAACAGAUUAGAACUGAUGGAGCUAUCCAGUAUAGAUAAAGUUAGUUUAGUUUAGGUUUCCUUCUGUAGUAACACUGGAUCAAUAAGAGAUGAUCCUUACUGGACCUCUAGGAAGAAUAGUUUAGAACUGAUAGAGCUAUCCAGUAUAAAUAAAGUUAGUUUAGUUUAGGUCCCCUCCUGUAGUAACACUGGAUUAAUAAGAGAUGAUCCUUACUGGACCUCUAGGAAGAACAGUUUAGAACUGAUAGAGCUAUCCAGUAAAGUUAGUUUAGUGUAUGUUUCUCCUAUAGUAAUACCGGAUCAAUAACUGGACUUCAAGAUAUAGUACUGCAUAAGACUGGUAGAGCUGUCUAGUAUAAAUAAAGUUAUAAUACUUUUUGUUUGUGGAAACACCAGUACACCACGUCAAUUUAUUAUUGCAGUAAUAAAUUGACGUGGUGUUUCCACAAACAAAAAAUACUAUUGAUAUGUUUUAUCGCCAUGAACUAAUUAAAUAAAGUUAGUUGAAUUUUUCCAUUUUCUAUUUAGGAUGGCCCCAAAUUCACACAUAAUUCCAUUGAGACGUUUCCUGGAAAAUGUCACUGAGAAAGACUUGAGAAAUUUCUUUGCCCAAAGUUGCUUCAAGGUAAGUCCAUGGUUGUCAGUCCUGGAUGAGUGAUAUCAGUUCUUGUGUGUGAUGAUUAAGGUGUGACUAACCCCAAAUAUGAUUUUUGGUAUGGGUAAUAUUUGGGUCAUUCGAAGAAGAAAUGUAAUAUAUAUCAUUAUAAUAAAAAAUUCCGUCUUAAUCAACUUUUUCACUGUCAAAGUUUCCGGAUAUGAUGUCAUUAGGUGAACUGCAAAUUAGUUUUUCUUUGUCUUCUGUACCAAAAAUUCACCCAAUGACAUCAAAUCCGGAAACUUUGAUGUUUUUUACUAUAAAGAUAUAUUAUAUUUCUUCUUAGAAUAACCCAAAUAUUACACAUACCCAAAAUCAUAUUUGGGGUUAGUCACACUUUAAGGUUUUUUAAUCCACUUCUCUCUCUUCUAAACAGCUCGCAAUGACUCAUUCCACUUUACCAUUGGCAUGUCAGGACCAAUACCUCAAAGGUAAGAUGACCUGGCUGGUAAAUUGACAUUUGUAGAUUAUCCAAGAAAACAUUUAUCAAUACAAUUUUUUUCUUGCUGUUGUAGGAUCAGGAUUACCUGGCGUGCAAAAUCUGAUCGCUUUCGCUCAAUCCAAAGAAUUGCUUACGUAACUUCAUUGCCAACGAAGUCUCUUGAGUUUAAUAGACCUUUCCCCUUAUGAGUGAAAUUUUGAUCUAGACAAGUCUGGACAAAAAUUAGUAAUAUUCCAAAGUUUCGUUGCGAAAUGUUAUAAAAUGCGGAUAAUAUAGCCUUGCGAAGUUUGCCGUUUUUCAGUCAUUUUCGUGAUGCUCUUUCAAGCUGGGAUGAAAUUGUUGUCCAGGCUUGUCUAGAUCAAAAUUUCACUUACAAGGGGAAAGGUCUAUUCACUCGGACAGGAUUUUUGGAGAAUAUUUAUUUUGAACAACUGAUAUGUGUAGUCUAAUUACUCUAAUAAUGCCUUUCCUAUUGUUCAUACAUGACACAUACAAUACUGGUAUACUGAUCUCGAACAUUUACUAGAUAGAGCUCCAUUGGUGCACAAUCCAGACUAUCCAGUAAUAUUUUUUGAGGUCAGUAACACUAUUACACACCGCAAAAAUACAGCAAACACCAUCACAUAGGUGUAGGGAGCAUAAAAAGAUUGAGGGGAGGGGGUCAUACCAUAUUUCAUGCUUAAUAUAAUACAUUUGCCCAAAUUUGGAAUUGCAAAGUACAAUCAAGUUUUUGAUGGGAAUUUUUUUAAAAAAGCGAACAGCGCACCUUCGAUGUUAAUGUAUAGUAUUUACAUCCGCAUUAGCUGCACAAAAAAGGCACUUUUCAGCACAAAAUGGACAAUUUUGGUCCUUUGGAAAAAAUGGGGGCACGUGCCCCUGUGCCUCCCGCCCUGUUCCUACGCCCUGCACCAUCAAUUAUAUUUACCGCAUCAUGGGGUUGUUGCAUUGCGAGUAGAAUGAUCGUAAAUACACGUGCAUGUUUGGUGUUUAUUGAGCAUUUUCAUGGUCAAGAAGAUUGUAGUAUAGAAUUCUAUUUUAGUUAAGUUAUAGACAAAUUGUACAUAGAAACCUACGGUUUAACCACAGUAAUUUCUCAUGGGACUGCAUCCCCAAGGCUGGUUCUAUACAGAACUAAUCGAUUUAGUUGUAUUUAUAUAUUAAAUAGUUCGGAGAGAAAGAAAAUAAACCAAAAUCUGCCGUGCGAAAUGUGAGUCGAGUUUCAUUUCG